AUGUUCAUUCGCACCUAUUUCCUGUUUCUUUCUGUCCUGAAUAUUGUAAGAUCAGGUCCAGUUGAGAAGAAGUUCAGUCUUAACAGGAGGUCCGAUGGCCCGUAUCCCCUGGAUGAGGUAGACAAACUCCAGGAUGCCAGCUUGGCCAAAUUUGAAGCCUAUCUUGCGAAACAUCCUUCAAAGUCGGGGUGCACUCUCGAGACCGCUAUCAAAAGACUGGAAUGGAGUGAUAUGCCUGAAGCACAGAGAAAGGAAUACACCAAAGCGGUACUCUGUCUCCAGUCCAAGCCCCCAAAGUCUCCCAGAGAUAAAUACCCAGGUGCUCUGAACCGCUACGAUGAUUUCGUUGCAACACACGAGACCUUGGCUUUUGAGCUUCAUUCAACGGAACAUCUAUUCCCGGCGCAUCGAUUAUUCAUCUGGGCAUAUGAGAAAGCUCUUCGUGAGGAGUGCGGAUAUACUGGCUACCAGCCUUACUGGAACUGGGCUCGGACUGCAGAUGACCCAAUCAACUCACCGCUCUUCAACGGCAACGAUUCUAGCAUGGGUGGCAACGGUGCUCCGAGUGUCUAUCCUGGCAUACCCGCAAUGGGCUUCUCAAAGCCCUACGACAUGAUUCCAUCAGCUGGAGGCGGUGGUUGCGUGACGACGGGCCCAUUCAAGAACAUGACUGUAAGCCUCGGCCCUCUCGGAAAGAUCGUUUCGAAUAUCCCGGAUAAUCCUCAAGCCGAUGGAUUCGGCUCCAACCCUCGAUGUCUGAGACGCGAUGUGAAUAAGUAUGCUGCCGCUGUCACAACUGCCAACUAUACCUAUGCUCUUAUCACGCAAGCCAAGACAGCAGAUGACCUCGAGAACGUCAUGUUGGGGACGCCUGCCAAGAAUGAUUGGGGUGUGCAUAUGGGAGGUCAUUACACAAUUGGUGGCGAUCCAGGAGGGGACUUCUUUUCGUCUCCAGGUGAUCCCGUCUUCUACUUGCACCAUGGAAUGAUUGACCGCAUUUGGUGGAUUUGGCAAAUGCAAGACCCUGACAAUCGUAUGAAUGUGCUUCCUGGAAAUGCUCCUCUCAACGACACUGUGGACCUUAAGUGGACAGCUAAACCAGUGAUGACAUGGGAUAUGUUGACUAACAUUGGAGGCAAUAAUGGGAGCUUUUGCUACAUCUAUGUUUGA